AUGGAACAAUUCAUCCUUUUUGGUGAUUCCAUCACACAGCAGAGUGCUAGUCAAGCCAAAGGUUUUGGAUGGACACCAGCACUGCAAGAUGCAUACAUCCGUCGUCUUGAUGUAGUCAACAGAGGAUUCAGUGGAUACAACACCACACAGGCUUUAAAGGUCCUGCCUCGUAUCCUCCCCACUCCUGAGCAGGGCCGCAUCCGCUUGAUGACCAUCUUUCUGGGUGCCAAUGAUGCUCGUUUACCAAACACCCCAGGAUUCCCCCAGACUGUCGAGCUCGAACAGUACAAGAAGAACCUGAAGGACAUCAUCAACCACCCUAUGCUGCAAGCACACAAGCCUCAGCUCAUCUUGCUUACGCCUCCUCCAAUCGAGGAGAGGAAGGCACUUGCUCAUGACAAGACCAACGGCAUCAAUGUCAUGAGACGUACUGCAGCCAACACAGCCAAGUACGCAGAGGCAGUCCGUCAAAUUGCUCAAGAGUUCAAGCUUCCUGUGCUUGACGUUUGGGCUGCGUUCAUGAAGGAGGCUGGCUGGACCGAGGGCGAGCCAUUGCCAGGCUCGAGUGAAAUUGAGCAGAACCAGACGCUUGCUCAAAUGCUGCACGAUGGUCUUCACUUGAACCCUGAAGGAUACGAAAUCAUCUACAGGGAAUUGAUGAAGCUGAUUGCAGAAAAGCUGCCAGAGCACGCUCCUGACAGUGUCCCGUAUGUGCUUCCUUCGUGGGAUGAUGCCGAGGCUUGGAAGGAAUAG